CUUUUAUUGAUUGUGAUUUUAGUGUUUCUCUGAUUGAGAUUGUUUUUAGUGAAUUAGUUUAGAAAAAUUGGAAAACCAAGGAAAACAUUUAACCCUUUAGGUGGGUCAUUGUUUGGUUGAGACUCUCGGAGAUUUUGAUUAACUAUGAUUUAAUUGUUAGUCUUCAAUUUUGUUUGAUUGUUAUUGUUUUUUUGUGAUUAACUUGUGCAAUUGUGUUGAGUUAAUUUUCUGGUGGUUUUAUGAUUCUAAAGGUAAUCAAUGAUAAUUGUUGGCUUGGAAGCAAUAACUCUGCUAUUUUCCCUGCUCAAAGGAAGGACAAGGUUAUUCAUUGAUCAGUAUUGUAAUUUUCUCUCCAUUAUAAUUCCCAAAAAGAUAAUUGGUACUUUCAUAAUUAUUGUUUUAAACGUUUCCAAUAUGAAGGUAAACCCCAUGGAUUCUCAUUUGUUUCAUCAUUUUCCAUUUGGCUGAUGUUCCAUUGUCUCCAAUAAAACCCAUUGAAACUCACCAGUUACUCAUUUGAUUUAAUCAAUCUAAUCAUACGAGUCAUAAUUAACGCCUUGCUAACAUAAUAUUAAAACAUCAUUAAGAUGUGAAAAAUAUGAGAGAAAAAACUGUAUAUAAAUUGUCACUCAAAUGAUAAUUUCAUUACAUUGACUACUUUUGGCUUGUGGAUAACGUUUCGGCUUAGUUUAUGUAUGUGAUUCAGACCUUUGUUAUUAACCAUGAUCAAGUUAAUCUCCACUAUUUUCCUGAUUUCUUUAGGUUUCGUGACAAUCUCUGCAGAUCCUGAUUGUACCAAAGCUGAAGAAAUGCUUGAAUCUUGUGGUAUGCAUUUGGCUCUAUUGGAAGAUUCUGAGAUUCCAAUUCCAACUAAUGAUGCUGAAAUGAUUGAUCAUUGUGGAAAAAUGUUUUCCAAUCUUGAUUGUAUUCGCGAUUUUAACAAAAAGUGUCUCAAACCUUUUCCCAAAACACUAUUCGGGAUGUUCGGCCAUGAUUUGAAAAAGAUAUUCAAACACCGAUGUGAACAACCGGAACAUCGAGCAGAAUUUUUGAAACAUGUUGAAUGUCUUAGACAUAGAGACAAACUUGGUCCAAUAAUUAGCUGCAAGACCAAUUUUAUCGGUCAACUUGAAUGGAUCACUGGUAAUGUGGCCAAACCUGAACAAACGGUAGCGUCUUGUUGUGCCUUCCAUCAGGCUCAUCAAUGUUUCAGUGAAAAAAUCGAAGAGGUUUGUCAUCCAAUCACCGGAUCGGGGACAAAGGAAUAUAUUGACGAAGUUAUCGAAUCGACGGCCACCGAGGCGAUUGAUUAUGCUUGUGGAAAGUAUAAAACUCUUGACCAUUGUCACGAGUUCUUGGACAAAUCAAUCUGGGAUAAACUGUUCGAAAUAGGAAAAGAUGCCGCUGCCGCUGGUGUCACUAUUCACCAUCGAACUACAAUAACCGCUAUGGUAGAACUUUUCAAUCAAUUCGAAGGAGCAAGAAAAAGACGAUCAUUAUUGAUCUAAAUUAUCUUGAAGAAUCAAAAAUUCUUUCUAUGAUUCAAAUAUCAGAUGAAAGAUCAAUCGGACCAAAACAAUCCAACGGAUAAAAGCAAAGUCAAUUGAUUGUCCAAACAAUCAAGAGAAAAAGAUUUAAAAUCAAACCAUCAUUAACUUGAUUCCCUCCAAAUCCUAUCAUUAACAAUUAACUCAAAUAAACCUCUUCUCUUUUGAUACACUAACAA